GUUUUUUUUUGUAAAUUUAUCAAUUAUUGAUUAAAUUAACAAAUUAAAGUGUCCUCUUUUGUGGCUUUCAUUAACGACGAUUUAUUGACAUUUCAAUUGUGUCGAAAUGUCAAAAAUUCCAAACAAUUCGUUUUAAUUUCCUGAAAUGGAGUAUUUCCGGAGCGGUUUGAAGUCAGUCCUGGGGGCCCCGACCCCUGGCACCCAACCCACCGGUGCCGAGACCGUCGAACGACUUGUAAGUCGCGUCAGCACAUCAACACUAUUGGAGGACCGUCGCGACGCAUGUCGCGCCCUCAAAGCCCUCUCGCGGAAGUACCGCCUCGAAGUGGGGGCCCAAGGCAUGGACGUCCUGAGACAAGUCCUCGAAUUGGACCGCUCCGAUUGUGAAAUCAUCGGUUAUUGCCUCGACACUUUAUGUAAUAUCACCUCGAAGGAGGUGUUUGAAGAGGAGAGUGAAACAAAUCUAAAUAUAAAAGUCAACGUGGGGGAACAAUUCACGGAAAUGUUUAUCAAAAAUAGCGAAAAUGUGACUCUGGUUUUGAGUUUCUUGGAGGAGUAUGAUUUUAGGGUCAGAUGGCCGGCGGUUAAACUCCUAACGUCGCUUUUGGCGAGUAAACCGAAAGAAAUCCAAGAUGUGAUUCUAGUAAGCCCCAUGGGGGUGUCAAAACUGAUGGAUUUGUUGGUGGAGAGUCGGGAGGUGAUCAGGAAUGAUGCCCUCCUACUUUUGAUCAACUUGACAAAGUCUAAUGCUAAUAUCCAGAAAAUUGUGGCAUUUGAAAAUGCCUUUGAUCGGCUAUUUGACGUUAUUAGAGAAGAGGGUUUCACUGAUGGGGGCAUUGUGGUUGAAGAUUGCAUGCUACUCAUGCUCAACCUCCUCAAAAAUAACACUAGUAACAUCAAUUUUUUCAAAGAAGGAUCAUAUAUACAGAAGUUAGCCCCGAUGUUCAUCCUCCCCGAUAAUUUAGAAGAAGUCGGAUGGAGCCCCCAGAAAGUCUCAAACAUGCAUUGUGUCCUACAACUAGUCCGGACUUUAGUCUCGCCUACUAAUCCAGUCCAGAUUGUGACUUCGUGUCAAAAAACUAUGAGAAAUGUGAAUUUACUCGAGGCCUUGUGUAGUAUCCUAAUGGCAAGUGGGGUCCCAGCCGACAUUCUAACUGAGACUAUAAACACAGUGGGGGAAGUCAUACGAGGCAAUUUGACCAAUCAGGAGUACUUUGCAAGUGUGAUGGCACCCUCGAACCCCCCAAGACCGGCAAUAGUAGUCUUACUCAUGUCAAUGGUCAACGAGAAACAACCCUUUACAUUACGCUGCGCUGUCUUGUAUUGUUUCCAAUGUUUCCUAUUCAAAAACGAGAUUGGUCAGGAGCAAGUGGUUUCAACCCUCCUUCCUAGUUCCACUAACUCGAGUCUAACCACCGGCCAACUUCUUUGUGGCGGGUUAUUCAACACCGAGUCGCUUAGUAGUUGGUUCAGUGCGGUGGCUCUGAGUCACACCCUUAUUGAAAAUCCUGCUCAAAAAGAGCAACUCUUGAGAGUCCUCCUUGCUACUAAUCUUGGCUCACAACCAGUGAGUCUCCUACACCAAUGCGCUGUUUUCCUUCAACAAACCACCAAACUCCAGGCUAAGAUCGGUAUUUUGAUGUUGGUAGCAAUGUGGAUGAGUUAUUGUCCCCAAGCCGUUCAAGUCUUCCUUGGCGUGCCAGGGGCAAUGGCAUUUCUCACAGCACAGACAAGCGCCAGCGAGUUUGAUAACAAUGAGGAGAUCCUUCAAGGUCUAUGUGCAUUUUUGAUGGGUCUUUGUGUGGCGUUCAAUGAUAACACAGUCCAAAACUACUCGAAAGAGAAUUUGUCGCAAUUGAUUGAGAAGCGAGUCGGGAUUGAGACUUAUUGUACGAAAUUGGGGGAGAUUUCGAGACAUGAAAACUACGCCAAAGCGGCGAAACAGCCCCAAAUCCGGGCCAAACAUUCCAGUGAACUGUUACUAGAGUUCGAGUUUUGUAAACUGUUCAAGGCUCUUGAGCCGGUUAUUAUCAAAGCGUUGGGGGUACAAAGAGACUUGUCGAAUGGUAUGUCCGAGUUGAGUUUGAGUGAACACGAAAAUGCCUUACUUCUACAAUACAAAGAAUUGAUCAGGGACCAAGAUAAGAAGUUGCAGGAAGUUAAUAAAAGUCUGAGUAACUUGCAACGGGAGAAUCAGGAUUUGAAGGGACAAAUCGAGGAGUUGCGUCAAACGAAUUCACAACUUCAGGACCAAAAUACAGUGCUUAAAGCACAGAUGCAGUUGUCGGAUCCGAGUAAUGAAAGGAUUAAGCAACUUGAAAGUGAGUUGGUUGAGAAAGAUGCAGAAUUGGAGAGGUUGAGGAAGGAUCAAGAUGAUUUGUUGGAGUUGUUGACGGAUCAAGACACUAAAUUGAAUGCUUUUAAAAAUAGGUUAAAAGAGUUGGGGGAAACUGUUGAAGAUGGGGAUUCCGAGGAUAACUCGGUUGGCUCUGAUAACGAUGCGUAGUUUUAAGAUGCAAUUAUUUAUUGAUUAAUAAAAGUCUACAGUUUUUAAGUA